UUUACAAUUGCAAUCUCUAUUGUUCAUUCAUUCUGUAUAUUCAUUGUUUUAGCCUUGUUAUUCCUCAAUAAGUCGUAUUUGUUUUGUAAAAUAUAUUCCGUCUCCAAUAAUGCAUGCCCUAUUUUUAGAACUGAAUUGACUUCAGAAUUAUAAAUGAACCGCAGUUAUUAUUAAUAACUAUUUCACCGUUUCUUGCUGACUUUUAAGUAGUGCCCCAUAAAUCAUUUCAUAGUAUUACGUGUACACACUCCCUUACUCCAAGGACUACUGUCUGUACCACUAUUGUAGUUAUGAAUUCAACGCCAUGCUCUCUUGUCCCCAGAGGGCACAGCGCUUCCUGUUGCUUGGGGGGCGCUAAUUGCGCCAUUGGCAUUCCGUAAAGGGCAGCCGGAAGCUGAGGCAGCACCAGACGGAAAUUGUUUAAAUGAGCCUUUGUAAUCAUAAUGCAACAGGGACCCUUGUGAACUCCUGUCGUCUGAGUUUAGGAUUACGCCACUUCCAUUCAGAAUGUAUUUCUCUCUUCCAUCUCUACUCCUGCCCUUCAGGAAUUAGGGUUGUUUAGCAAAUAUUCCAUCUGGUUCGGGUCAUUUCCUCUCUCUUAAAUACUGAUAAAUAAGUAGUAACUUUUGACAUGUACAUUGAGUAUACAAAAUAUUAAGAACACCUCUUUCCAUGACAGACUGACCAGGUGGAAGCUAUGAUCCCUUAUUGAUGUCACUUGUUAAAUCCACUUGAAUCAGUGUAGAUGAAGGGGGAGGAGAAAGGUUAAAGAAGGAUUUUUAAGCCUUGAGACAAUUGAGAAAUGGACUGUAUGUGUGCCAUUCAGAGGGUGAAUGGGCAAGACAAAAUAUUUAAGUGCUUUUGAAAGGGGUAUUGUAGCAUGUUUUUGUUUUUUUAGUAGUAUGCUAUGUUUUUUUCAACUGUCCAGUGAUGUUUCACAAAAGUUCUGAACAUUUCUAUUCUCAGUUUUUACAGCUUGGACUAGCUUGGAAAGACAGUACCGUGCAGUAUCGAAGAGCCCUCACUGCUGCUCGAUCAUCCUACUUUUCCAACUUAAUUGAGGAAAAUAAGAACAAUCCUAAAUGUAUUUUUGAUACUGUUGCAAAGCUAACUAAAAAGCAGCAUUCCCCAAGAGAGGAUGGCUUUCACUUCAGCAGUAAUAAAUUCAUGAACUUCUUUGAGGAAAAGAUCAUGACCAUUAGAAAGCAAAUUACAGACUCCUCUUUAAAUAUGCGUAUUCCUCCAGGGCUUAGCUGUCCUGGAUCUGCACAGCUCUGCCAGGGCCGGGGAUUGGGAGAGACACUUAAGUGUUUUAGUACUAUAUCUCUUGACACAAUGAUGAAAAUAAUCAUGGCCUCUAAACCUUCAAGCUGCAUACUGGACCUUAUUCCAACUAAACUACUGAAAGAGCCACUUCCUGUGCUUGGCCUCCUAUGUUGAACAUAAUAAACGGCUCUCUAUCCACCGGAUGUGUACCAAACUCACUAAAAGUGGCAGUAAUAUAGCCUCUUGAAAAAGCCAAACCUUGACCCAGAAGAUAUAAAAAACGAAUCGGCCUAUAUCGAAUCUUCCAUUCCUCUCAAAAAUUUUAGAAAAAGCUGUAGCACAGCAACUCACUGCCUUCCUGAAGACAAACAAUGUAUACGAAAUGCUUCAGUCUGGUUUUAGACCCCAUCAUAGCACUGAGACUGCACUUGUGAAGGUGGUAAAUUACCUUUUAAUGGCGUCAGACCGAGGCUCUGCAUCUGUCCUCGUGCUACUAGACCUUAAUGCUGCCUUUGACACCAUCGAUCACCACAUUCUUUUGGAGAGACUGGAAACCCAAAUUGGCCUACACGGACAAGUUCUGGCCUGGUUUAGAUCUUAUCUGUCGGAAAGAUAUAUAUAUAUAUUUUUUUUUUCACCUUUAUUUAACCAGGUAGGCUAGUUGAGAACAAGUUCUCAUUUGCAACUGCGACCUGGCCAAGAUAAAGCAUAGCAGUGUGAACAGACAACAACACAUGGAGUAAACAAUAAACAAGUCAAUAACAUGGUAGAAAAAAAAGAGAAUCUAUAUACAAUGUGUGCAAAAGGCAUGAGGUAGGCAAUAAAUCGAGUAAUUACAAUUUAGCAGAUUAACACUGGAGUGAUAUCAGUUUGUCUCUGAAUGGUUUGUCCUCUGACAAAUCAACUGUACAUUUCGGUGUUCCUCAAGGUUCCGUUUUAGGACCACUGUUGUUUUCACUAUAUAUUUUACCUCUUGGGGGUGUUAUUCGAAAACAUAAUGUUAACUUUCACUGCUAUGCGAAUGACACACAGCUGUACAUUUCAAUGAAACAUGGUGAAGCCCCAAAAUUGCCCUCGCUAGAAGCCUGUGUUUCAGACAUAAGGAAGUGGAUGGCUGAAAACUUUCUACUUUUAAACUCGGACAAAACAGAGAUGCUCAACUCUUCAGUGGGUCAUAUGAUUGAGUAUAGUCUGGCCCAGGAGUGUGAAGGUGAACGGAAAGGCUCUGGAGCAACGAACCGCCCUUGCUGUCUCUGCCUGGCCGGUUCCCCUCUCUCCACUGGGAUUCUCUGCCUCUAACCCUAUUACAGGGGUUGAGUCACUGGCUUACUGGUGCUCUUUCAUGCCGUCCCUAGGAGGGGUGCGUCACUUGAGUGGGUUGAGUUACUGACGUGAUCUUCCUGUCUGGGUUGGCGCCCCCCCUUGGUUUGUGCUGUGGUGGAGAUCUUUGUGGGCUAUACUCGGCCUUGUCUCAGGAUUGUAAGUUGGUGGUUGAAGAUAUCCCUCUAGUGGUGCGGGGGCUGUGCUUUGUUAAAGUGGGUGGGGUUAUAUCCUUCCUGUUUGGCCCUGUCCGGGGGUAUCAUCGGAUGGGGCCACAGUGUCUCCUGACCCCUCCUGUCUCAGCCUCCAGUAUUUAUGCUGCAGUAGUUUGUGUCGGGGGGCUAGGGUCAGUUGGUUAUAUCUGGAGUACUUCUCCUGUCUUAUCCAGUGUCCUGUGUGAAUUUAAGUAUGCUCCCUCUAAUUCUCUCCUUCUCUCUUUCUUUCUCUCUCUCGGAGAACCUGAGCCUUAGGAUCAUACGUCAGGACUACCGGGCAUGAUGACUCCUUGCUGUCCCCAGUCCACCUGGCCUUGCUGCUAUUCCAGUUUCAACUGUUCUGCCUGCGGUUAUGGAACCCCUACCUGUCCCAGACCUGCUGUUUUCAACUUUUAAUGAUCGGCUAUGAAAAGCCAACUGACAUUUAUUCCUGAUUACUAUUAGACCAUGCUUGUCACCUAUGAACAUUUUGAACAUCUUGGCCAUGUUCUGUUAUUAUCUCCACCCGGCACAGCCAGAAGAGGACUGGCCACCCCUCAUAGCCUGGUUCCUCUCUAGGUUUCUUCCUAGGUUUUGGCCUUUCUAGGGAGUUUUUCCUAGCCACCGUGCUUCUACACCUGCAUUGCUUGCUGUUUGGGGUUUUAGGCUGGGUUUCUGUACAGCACUUCGAGAUAUUAGCUGAUGUACGAAGGGCUAUAUAAAAUAAACUUGAUUUGAUAGAUUGUAAAUGAAAGAAAACAAUUUUCUAAAAGUAUUAUUAUAUUAUUGAUCGAUUUGACCGACUUCAAAUCACUAUUUGCAGAGUUAGUUCCAGGUAAAUGAUACAAUUCUUCAGCCAUUCCUGGAGCAGUGACAAAAAAACAGCUACAUAUGGACCAAAACAAAAUAUAUAAUGCGUCUCUCUUCACAGCAAAAUCUGCAGAGCUUGGAUACAGUUGAAGUCGGAAGAUGAUAAACACUUUAGGCAAAUACAUUUAAACUCAGUUUUUCACAAUUCCUGACAUUUAAUCCCAGUAAAAAAUCCCUGUUUUAGGUCAGUUAGGAUCACCGCUUUAUUUUAAGAAUGUGAAAUGUCAGAAUAAUAGUAGAGAGUGAUUUAUUUCAGCUUUUAUUUCUUUCAUCACAUUCCCAGUGGGUCAGAAGUUUACAUACACUCAAUUAGAAGUAUGUACACAAAAUAAAUAAAAUAAAACACUAAUAAACAUAUUGAUUACAAAAGUAUCCACACCCCUGAAUCAAUACAUGUCAGAAUCACCUUGACAGCAUUUACAGCUGUGAGUCUUUCUGUGUAAGUCUCUAAGAGCUUUGCACACCUGGAUUGUACAAUAUUUGCACAUGAUUCAUUUUAGAAUUCUUUAAGCUCUGUCAUGUUGGUUGUUGAUCAUUGCUAAACAGACAUUGUCAAGUCUUGUCAUAGAUUUUCAAGCUGAUUUAAGUCAAAACUGUAACUAGGCAACUCAGGAACAAUCAAUGUCAUCUUGGUGUAUAUUUGGCCUUGUGUUUUAGGUGAUUUUCCAAGUGAAAGGUGAACUUGUCUCCCAGUGUCUGUUGGAAAGCAUACAACCAGGUUUUCUUCUAUUUUUUUGCCUGUGCUUAGCUCUAUUCCGUUUCUUUCUAUCCUAAAAAAACUCCAUUGUCCUUGCCAAUGACAAGCAUACCCAUAACAUGAUGCAGCCACCACCAUGCUUGAAAAUUUGAGUGUCGUGUUGGAUUUGCCCCAAACAUAACGCUUUGUAUUCAGGACAUAAAGUUAAUUUCUUUGCCACAUUUUUAACAGUUUUACUUUAGUGCCUUAUUGCAAACAGGUUUGAUGUUUUGGAAUAUUUUUUUAAUCGUCUACAGGCUUCCUUUUCAAUCUGUAAUUUAUGUUAGUAUUGGUGAGUAAUUACAAUGUUUUUGAUCUAUCCUCAAUUUUCUCCGAUCACAGCUGUAGUAUCUGGGAUCUACAUCUGUUUAUAUUAGUUACUAUGCUGUUACUAAGCAGUGAUGUAUUACGACAGUGUUACGUUAUUACACCUAAUAGGAAAUGCACAUGCGCACUAGUGUGCCCGGGAACUGUAGAGCACGAGAGGUUUUGACUAAACGAAAACGAACUGUACUCCCGUCUCCUGCCUGGUCAUUUCUCCACAACACAAAUAUUACAGUGGCGACGAGGGGAUUAAACUUCUUUAACGGACAUUGCUUGAAGGGAAGAAUGUUGCGUGAGUAAUGAAACUCAAAAUAAUUAUGUAAUUCGUCAGUUAUUUUUUUAUUUUCUUUCGCCAGUAAAAAAAAAAGGCUAAGCACUGCUAGCAGGUACAGUGUUCAGGAGCUGCCAAGUAGCAUUACUAUUGGAGUCCAGAAUAGCGACACUGCCCUCUGGUGGUAAAAAAAAAAAAACUGUCAUUGAACCCAUUGAAAUUUGGCGAUCUCAGUGGAGAAAUAUUGUCAAGAAGAGAAAAAAAAGGAAGAAGGAACGUAACAUUAUUACAAAUGAGUGCAGUGAACGAAGAAAUUGCAGAAACUUCUGAAGUGAAGAAUUAGAUGAAAAUUAAGGAAUACAAGGAAUAAGGAAACUGAACAAUUAACUGUGAAAAUGGCAACCAUUGGUCGAGUACCAGAGUUUGAGGCUACAAAAGAGGAUUUUGAUUCCUAUUUGGAGCGUUUUGAGCGUUGGCUGGCUGCAACUGAAAUCAAAGAUGAAAAGAAAGCAGACGUAUUUCUCAGUGUUUUGGGUCCAACUGAGUAUGGAUUGCUGAAAGGUCUCAUUGAACCAAUAAAAGCAGUGGAGUUGAACUAUGCAGAACUGACUGAAACUCUUUCAAGGCAUUUCAAGACUAAGCCAAUUCUCAUUGCAGAACGUUUCAGAUUUUACCAACGUCACCAGAGUCAAGGGGAAACCGUGGCUGACUACAUCCUUGCUUUGAAAAGGCUGGCAAGUACAUGUGAGUUUGCACUAUUUCUUGAUGAUGCUCUUCGAGACAAGUUUGUAUGUGGUCUCACAGGUGAAGCAUAUCACAGAAGGCUUCUAUCAGAGAAGGACCUGACCUUUCGGAAAGCCUGUGAUAUUGCACUUGGACUCGAGCUUGCCCACAGGGAUACUAUUGAGCUAUCGGGAUAUGCAGAACGUCAGAAAGGUGAUCACAAGGUCAGUGAUGCACGUGGUGAAAAAGGCUCACAAAAGUCACACUUUUCUCAGUCCCGUCCUCAAGGUUACACAAGAACAAAGCAGCCCACAUCUCAAAGGUCUAAGCCAAGUUGCUACAGAUGUGGGGGAGAUAAUCAUCAGCACGGUGAAUGUCGAUUCCAAAAUGUAAAGUGCCACAAUUGUGGAAAGGUUGGACAUUUACAGAAAGUGUGUAAAGCCUCAAAACGCACAGCAAGAGCGCACAAAGUGUCAGACGCAGCACAAGAAGAGGAAGGUACAAGUGAAACAGUAUUGGAACUGUUCACAGUGUACACAGCUCAACAACAAAAAGAUGGAAUCUAUCUCAACAUGGAGUUAGCGGGAAAACCGGUAAAAAUGCAGCUGGACACCAGAGCGUCUGUAUCUCUGGUUCCAGAGAGACUCUACAAAGAAAAACUGAAAGAGUGCCCUCUUCAGCCAGCGUCCAUCUGCCUUUCUUCAUACACUGGUGACACUAUUCCUGUGUUAGGGCAGAUCCAGGUACCAGUCCGGUAUGAGGGGAAGGAGUGGACACUACCGCUUGUCAUUGUUAAAGGAGAAAAAUCAGCCUUGCUAGGCAGAAACUGGCUACAAAAGAUCAACUUGAACUGGGGAGAAAUCUUCAGUCUGAGAAAGGAUAAACCAGUGAGGCAGGCUACACUCACUAACAUGCUGGAGAAGCACAAAGAACUUUUCAAAGAUGGCUACGGCGAAAUACAAGACUUCACAGCAAAAGUCAGAGUGCAAGAAGGAACCAAGCCUAUCUUUCACAAACCACGUCCAGUUCCCUAUGCUCUUAAGGAAGCAGUAGAGAAGGAACUGGACCGCCUACAGAAGAAUAACAUAAUCACGAAAGUAGCGAGGAGCAACUGGGCCGCUCCGAUUGUUGUAGUCCCAAAGAAAGACAAGACCGUCAGAAUGUGCGGUGACUACAAGGUCACAGUAAACCGCUGCAUACUACCAGAGGAAUAUCCACUACCAAACGCUGAAGAUCUGUUUGCCACUCUAGCUGGUGGGAAGGUUUUCAGUAAGCUGGACCUGGCAUUCGCUUAUCAGCAACUGAAGCUGGAUCCCGAGUCAGAACAGUAUCUGACCAUCAAUACACACAAGGGGCUAUUCAGAUUCAAUCGCUUAGCCUACGGAAUCUCGACAGCUCCAGCGAUAUUCCAACACACAAUGGAUCAGAUCUUGGACGGUAUAGACAACGUUGUGUGCUUCAUGGACGACAUCCUCGUGUCAGCACCAACCAUUGGAGAGCACCUUAUAUCUCAGAGCUGAGGUCAUUUUUGGGGCUCCUGAACUGUUACGGAAAGUUUGUGGCAAACUUGUCCACAUUGUUGCAUCCGCUUCACCAACUGCUGCAGGCCGAUACAAAGUGGAAUUGGUCCCCACAAUGCGAAGAAGCAUUCAAGACUUGCAAACAGCGUCUGCUAAAGAGCAAGUGGCUUGCCCACUACAACACAGAGAUGAAGCUGAGACUCGCGUGUGAUGCAUCUCCAUACGGAGUAGGAGCCGUCAUCUCACAUGUUCUAUCGUCAGGUGAAGAACACCCUAUUGCAUUUGCAUCACGGACUCUGUCACCAAGUGAGAAAAAUUAUGCUCAAAUUGAGAAGGAAGCCCUGAGCAUAAUAUUCGGAGUGAAUAAGUUUUACAAAUACCUGUACGGAAGGAAGUUCCAACUGCUGACAGAUCACAAGCCACUGUUGGCCAUCCUUGGACCAAAAUCAGCUAAACCAACCCUUGCUGCACUUCGAAUGCAACGUUGGGCUCUGAUAUUGUUAGCCUACGACUACGAGAUUGAGUACAGACGAUCCAGUGAUCACGCAAAUGCAGAUGCACUAUCAAGACUACCAUGCAAUAGUGACUCCGACAGUGAAGAUGAUAGAGCAGUCUUCCAGAUCUCUCUCAUUGACGAACUGCCCAUAUCUGCUUCAGACAUAGCAGAGGAAACAAGGAAAGAUCCAGUGCUUUCCAAAGUCUUGGACUUAACAUUAGGAGGUUGGCCAAACUUCGUAAAUGACGAUAACCUUCGUCCAUUCAUCGACAAGAAAGACCAGUUGUCCACUGAUCAAGGAUGUGUUCUGUGGGGAUCAAGGGUGGUGGUACCUCACAAAUUCCAGAGGAGACUACUAUCUGACCUGCAUGAGGGACAUCCAGGGAUCACUCGAAUGAAAGCACUCGCUCGCAGUUAUCUGUGGUGGCCUGGACUGGAUCAGGACAUUCAACAGCAUGUAGGCCACUGCUCACCUUGUGAAGCUGUUUGCAACAAGACUGCUGCUGCACCUCUUCAUCCAUGGUCCUGGGCUGCUACACCUUGGGAACGCAUCCAUGUGGAUUACGCCGAGAUUGACAAGCAACAUUUCCUUGUUGUCGUUGAUGUCCAUUCCAAGUGGAUGGAAGUGUUCCCUACUCAACUGACCACAGCUGAGAAGACCAUCAAUCUUCUCAGACACCUGUUCGCAUCCUUUGGACUAGUCAAGGAGCUCGUAUCGGACAAUGGCCCUCCUUUCACGUCAAACGAUUUUGAAAUGUUUCUCAAGAACAAUGGAGUAAGGCACAUCCUGUCACCACCUUACCAUCCGGCAUCAAAUGGAGCAGCGGAGAGAGCCGUGCAAACCUUUAAGAAGGCCUGGACUAGACUCGAGGUUCAGUCUGUGCCCACCCAACAAAGGCUUCCCCGGUUCCUGUUUACUUACCGCAACACACCACACACAGUAACGGAAUGUACACCAGCUGAACUGUUUCUGAGACGCCAACCACGUACCCGCCUGACAUUGUUGAAACCAGACUUGUCAAGCACUGUGGCAAAGCACCAGCUACAGCAGAAGAAAGCUCAUGACAGACACUCAAAGACUGUCAGAGAAUUCAAAGAAGGAGAGAGGUUGAUGGUACGUGAUUUCAGACAUUUCAAGAGCCUGUGGAACUCAGGUGUGAUCUUGCAACGCAAAGGACCUUUGACUUACCAAGUCCAAAUUGGUCAUCGCCAGGUCAACGUUCAUGUGGAUCAUCUGCUACGGUCCAACGCCCCAGCAGAGACACGCUGAGAGAACAAUAACGACCCCCAGGACUAUUCUCCUGACUGUGGACGUACGGGAGAGACGGAGCCUGACCUUCCACCCGAACCUGGCCCACUACCGGAAGCCCAGGAGGAGCGGAGAUAUCCUAUUCGACAGCGAAGGGCACCUCAAAAGCUUGACCUGUGAGUUGAGCUGUUUAAGGUAACAGAUAGUAAAACAAACAAACACUUUAAUAUGUCCUAGAUAAAAGGAAAGAAAAACGACAUUACCUGGGUUAGUUAUUAGGACACAAACUCCAUCUUCGGGGCAGAAUAAUCCCCUGGAUUUGUGCUGGGCUCUGAAAAGUCUGCUUCAACCCAGUAGUUGAAAAAUGUUAAGAAUGCAUUGUUCAGAUAUUGCAUUAGUAGUUCCCUAACAUAUUUACCUUGUUCUCUGGGAGUUAGAAACUAUGGGGGAGGAGUGUAGUGUCUGGGAUCUACAUCUGUUUAUAUUAGUUACUAUGCUGUUACUAAGCAGUGAUGUAUUACGACAGUGUUACGUUACUACACCUAAUAGGAAAUGCACAUGCGCACUAGUGUGCCCGGGAGAAUUGUAGAGCACGAGGAGGUUUUGACUAAAGGAAAACUAACUGUA